AUGUGGCUGCUGCUGCAAUUUGUCUGGCUCUGUUUUCUCUUGUCUCUUGGUCUGAAUAGCCAGUAUGAGUCCGAGGUCCCUGAGUAUCCUGACGAACUACGCUGUGGGCUAAGGAGCUUUCAGUUCACCAUAAACCUUCUCAGUCAGGAGAUGGAGACUCCUCCUGCACUGGUAGCAUGGGAUAACCAUGGGCUGCCACACAGCCUGCAGAAUGACUCUGACUGUGGCACCUGGGUCAGUGAGGGCCCUGGCAGCUCCCUGGUGGUGGAAGCCUCCUACAGUGGCUGCUAUGUCACUGAGUGGGACUCCUACUACAUCAUGACUGUUGGAAUUGAAAGAGCAGGUGUGAGUGGACCUGGAACGGUUAUGGAGACAAAGCUAUUCAAGUGUCCUGUGAAUCUCCCAGAUGUCCCAAAUGCUGGCUUUUGUGACUCUGUCCCAGUGUGGGACAGACUGCCGUGUGCUCCUUCACCCACUACUCAAGGAGACUGCGAACAGCUAGGCUGCUGCUACAACUCUGAAGAGGUCAUUUCCUGUUACUACGGAAACACAGUGACCUCACACUGUACCCAAGAUGGCCACUUCUCUAUUGCCGUGUCCCGGAAUGUGACCUCGCCCCCGCUGCUCUUGAAUUCUCUACACUUGGCCUUCAGGAAUGACAGUGAAUGUAAACCUGUGAUGGCAACACACACUUUUGUUCUGUUCCGGUUUCCAUUUACUACCUGUGGUACUACAAAACAGAUGACUGGGAAGCAGGCAGUAUAUGAAAAUGAGAUAGUUGCAGCUCGGGAUGUGAGAACUUGGAGCCGUGGUUCUAUUACCCGAGACAGUAUCUUCAGGCUCCAAGUCCGUUGUAGCUACUCUGCAAGUAGCAGUGCUCUCCCAGUUAAUGUCCAGGUUCUUACUCUCCCACCACCCCUUCCUGAGACCCAGCCUGGAAACCUCACUCUGGAACUUAAGAUUGCCAAAGAUAAACGCUAUCGCUCCUACUACAUGGCUAGUGACUACCCAGUGGUGAAGCUGCUUCGGGAUCCCAUCUAUGUGGAAGUCUCUAUCCAUCAGAGGACAGACCCCAGUCUCGAGCUGCGCCUGGACCAGUGUUGGGCGACACCCAGCACAGAUGCCCUGCUCCAGCCCCAGUGGCCCUUGCUGGUGAAUGGGUGCCCCUACACAGGAGACAACUAUCAGACAAAACUGAUCCCUGUCUGGGAAGCCUCAGACCUGCUGUUUCCUUCUCACUACCAGCGCUUCAGCAUUUCCACCUUCAGUUUUGUGGACUCGGUGGCAAAGCAGGCCCUCAAGGGACCGGUUUAUCUGCACUGCAGUGCAUCGAUCUGCCAGCCUGCCGGGACACCAUCCUGUGUGACACCCUGUCCUGCCAGACGAAGAAGAAGCUCUGACAUCCAUUUUCAGAACAACACUGCUAGCAUUUCUAGCAAGGGUCCCUUGAUUCUACUCCAAGCCAUUCAAGACUCUUCAGAAAAGCUCCACAAAUACUCAAGGUCUCCUGUAGACUCUCAAGCUUUCUGGGUGGCUGGCCUAUCUGGAGUCUUAAUCGUUGGAGCCUUGUUCAUGUCCUACCUGGCCAUUAGGAAAUGGAGAUGA